GCCGGGCCUCACCGCCGGCUGCUGAGUGCCCUGGGCUUCCCCCGUUGUCUCCAGCUCUGCUUUCUGCCAGCGCCGGGGGCAUUGCACAAUGUCUUGGCUGUUCCCCACAGCCGUCCUGACCCACGUCUGCAUCUCAUACGUGGCGUCCACGUCACACAGCUGAUUUGGGGGUGGCAGGUCUCUCUUGUGGCACCCUGGGAAUGGGGACAAAGCAAACCCCAUCCCUCCCUUUUGAUCUUUGUCCCCAGGGAGACCAAGUGGAGACGUACCAUGCGCUGGAGAGCUUCGUGCAGGGAGGUGACAGCGGAUUGCAGAGCAACGCUGAGACCCACCUGACGGCAAAGGUGCCCGGUGGCCGCAGAGCAGCCCAGGAAGAGAAAGGAAUAGCCAGUUGGCCCAGAAACGUCUGCAAGCCGUAGCAUAUUACUCAGCAGAAGUAGACCUCGUAAUUCAAGGCCUGCUUUCAUGCGCUAGGGCUGUUGCAGCAGCAGCUGUGAUGAUUGAGAAAGCAAGAAAUAUUGUCCUGGGGCACCUGCUAACGCUAGUGGUUCGUUCCUUACUUUGUAGUCCUCCUCUCCAGAGUUCAAGCAAGCGUGGAUGUGGCACAGCACCGCAGGCCCUAACCCAGCGCAGAGGCCGCGACGCCAUCUGCCGCAGUAGACGCCGGCACGGAGCAGGCAUCGCCUGGCCCCGACCAUGUCGUUCGUCCACUACAAGUUCUCCUCCAAGCUGAACUAUGAUACGGUCACCUUCAACGGCCUCCACAUCUCCCUGUGCGACCUCAAGCAGCAGAUCAUGGGCCGCGAGAAGCUGAAGGCGGCCAACUGCGACCUGCAGAUCAUCAAUGCCCAGACCAAAGAAGAAUACACGGAUGAUAAUGCCCUGAUUCCUAAGAACUCAUGGGUAAUUGUUAGAAGAAUCCCUGCUGGAGGAGUUAAGGCUACCAGCCAAACGUAUAUGACUCCUAAAUCGCACAAAAUCCUAGAAACUGCUUUCAGAAGUCAAACUGAGCCAGUGAGUGGAACCUCAAAAGCGAUUGAUGACUCUUCUGCAUCUAUUUCUCUGGCCCAGCUUACUAAGGACAAAAAAUUUGAGCCUGUUCCCAGAAUUAAAAGGAGCACAGGGAUUCCAAGGAGUUUCAUGAUAGAGGUGAAAGAUCCCAAUACAAAGGGUGCUCUGCUGACAAACACUGGAAAAUAUGCAAUACCAACUAUUAAUGCGGAGAAGAGAAAGUCCAAACUUGAUGAGUUUACAGACGAUUUUCCUAAGGAACUGACGGAAUACAAAAAGAUUCAAAAGGAGCAUAGGCAUUCGUUUUCCAGGUCCAAGUCUCCCUAUAGUGCUUCAUCUUACUCUAGAAGUUCGUAUACCUGCUCCAAGUCAAGAUCAGGUUCUUCCCACUCUCGCUCCUGCUCUCAAUCAUGUAGUCGUUCUGAUUCUCAUUCUUUCUCGCAAUCACUGCCGUAUCCAAGAAGAGGCAAGGGGAAGAGUCGUAACUAUUGCUCUAGGUCAAGGUCACGUGGUUAUCACCGUUCAAGGUCAAGGUCACCCCCAUACAGAAGAUACCAUUCACGGUCAAGGUCUCCAGUAUUUAGAGGCCAGUAUCCCACUCAACGUGCAGCUGAACAAGGAAAUCGAAAAAAUAUUUCUCAGUCUUCCAAAGACCGCAGAUCUUCAGAGAAAAACGAUACUGGCCAUGGAUCCACUGCUAAAGACUUUACUCCUAACCGAGACAAAACCUCUGACCAUGAUGGCAACAGAGAUCAUUCUAGUUCCAAGCGUAGAGACACAAAGCGUGAAUUAGCAAGGAGAAAAGACUCCCCUUCUCGAAACAGAGUAUCUACAUCAGUACAGAAAAGUAAGCUGAGAGACGAACGAGGAGAGCCAUCCAAAAAGGGCGCUGGAGAUGCCAAAAGGAGCAGCUACAGUCCUCCGCGUGAGAGGAAGCAGUCUGAUCACAAAGCUGCUCACGAUUCCAAGCGUACAUCGGAGGAACACAAACCUCUAGGUAAAAAUUCAGGAAAAGAGGAAGAGAAGCAUGUACCAGAAGUAAAGAGCAAUAAAGAGAAAGAGCCAGGUGGUAAUAAACCGCCUUUGAGACAAGAAUCACCAGAUGUGAAAAAUGAGAAAGAGAAGGUGACUGGACAAAAUGAUAAAAGUGUUGUCAAGCCUAAGCCUCAGGUAAGCAGCUCCUCACAGCUCUCUUCGGAUCUAACUCAAGAGACUGAUGAGGCUGCGUUUGUCCCAGACUACAAUGAAAGUGACAGUGAGAGUAAUGUGUCUGCAAAAGAUGAGGAAGGUGCUGGAAAAAAUCCUAAAGAACCAAAAGAAAAGGCUGUUGACAAGGUGAAAGAGGAUACAGCAGCACCUGCUGCAGUUGACCAGCCUGAAGCAAGCAGAAGUCAACGCAGUCCCAGUGUUAGCCGCAGCCGUAGUCAAAGCCCUUCUGAGAGUCAGCCUCGAAGCCACAGCAGCAGGGCCAGCUCAGGAGAGAGUCAAGACAGCAAGAAAAAGAAAAAGAAAAAAGAGAAGAAGAAGCACAAGAAGCACAAGAAGCACAUGGGAAACGAAAUGGAAUUGGAAAAGAGCCAAAAACACAAACACAAGAAGAAAAAAUCAAAGAAGAGCAAAGAGAAAGAGGAAGGUGACCAAAAAGUGAAAUCAGUCACUACACAGAGUGACAGCUAAUUAAAAAAAGACUUAAUUCCUGAGUCAUCUGGAUAAAAUUUUGUUGAAAGGGAAACGAAUUCAAGCGUUGGGCAAAUAAUGACAUGAAAGACUCUGUGCUGCACUGAAACUAUGGCUGCUUGAGUAUUUGAUUUUUACAUCAGAGCUUUAUAAAAGUGAACAUUUGUACAGAAUUGUGAGUUGUGACCAUGUAACAUGAAAGGUUUUGCUGGGGCAUCUAAUUUUUAACCACCGUUAAUUAGUUGUGUGGGUGGAGUUUACUGUACUGUGAGAAUUUUCACAGCUGAAUUUUUUCUUAAUUGCCUGGCAGAAGCAGCUUAUAUAUAACCUGGUAUCAGUUAUAAAAUAGCAGCAGAAUGAUUUGCAGAAUACAUUACAGCCCUGCUAUGUCACUUUUUGAUUACAAUAAAAAGUUUUCAGUAAACUA